GUAGCUCAAGAGAUAGGGACGGAGGCAAGGUUCCAGAACGACUUCAUAAAUCAACUGCAAAUGACUCUCAUAAAAGCUCAGGCAGCGGUAAAGAACAACAUGAGAAGGAUGAACAAGAAAAUCAUCCAGCAGGGUUCGAACCAUGUCAUGCAUGUGAUCCUCUUUGCACUAUUCUGCUUCUUUGUAGUAUAUUUCUUGUCGAAGUUCUCUAGAAGAUGAAAGGGUACAUCCAAGAGUUUGAGAAGAGGUUUCUUACAGAGCUCUCGUCUUCUCCAGCCUUCAAUUUGCCUUGUUAUUGGGGUCUUUCCAACGUAAUUCAUGAAGAUAUCAAGGUUCUCUUGUAUCUGUAUAAUCUUGAUGUCAAUUGGAACAUAUUCAGACUAAUUUGACAGCAAAAGUUGUUCAAAUUGCUAAUCUUUUGUUCAAACCAAUUAGAGAGAUUGUGCUUAUUGUUCGACAUUGUGCUACAUGAAUCAGGUUAAUUCCUUUGCUGUAGUUUUCAUUUUGACAGCUAGAAGAAUUUCUGCCGGUCAAGAUGCAAAAUUCCUGUCAAAAGUAUGAAAAUUAUUUGGAGAGUGGAAAUAGAUAAACAAUUAAA